GUCGUAUAUAGUUUAAAGUUGAACGAUCUUGUGUACAAGUUUUUUUGAGGUUAACAGCAGACAUUUUGCUUUCCUUAUUUCUAAUGUAAUAGCGCUUUUCGUGACACGUUACUCUACAAAGUUAUGUGUGUGCGUUUUUUUCGAAGUGAUUGUAUUUUGUUCUGGCAUUGAUUGAUUUGUUUGUCGGGUUAUAAGAAAUGUUGGUAAUAAAAGGAUAGCCUUCCGCGUCUAUUCGCCAAUUGAUGCAGUCGUGCUUCUUGGACAGUUUUGUUUCGGAAUAGUUUUGAAUGACCACCAUGGGUUCUGACUCAGAAAGCCAAGAUAGUGAUGAAGGACGCCGCUUUCGUUUCGAAGCCACACGAAAAGACACAAUAACUGAUGUUCAACGUCACAGAACAAGUACAUCCCCGCAGUGCAAUACAUCAAAACAUAAAACUAGGGAUAAAUCUAGGGAUAGGGCGAGAUACUCGCAAUGGAAAGGAACUCGCAGAAUUCCUGAUUCCACGAAGGAGCAUGCAGAUGAUCGUAAUAAAUGUGAAGAACGGCGAAGUUUCAAAGAAGAAAAGACCACGAGUGGUGAUUCUAGAAGGAAAAGGGAAAGUGGAAAUAAAGAUAUAGAUGCCAAGAAAACAUAUAAAACUUCAAGAGCUUGUGAAAAAAUGGAUUGCAGUAGUCGAGAUGAAAAACGAAAAAGAUCUCAUGGUCGAAAUCGGGACAAAAAAAACAGUGAUAAAUUGCGAAAGUAUUCGCGGGAAAGAAAUAAAUUAAGUCAGAAGGAAGAAUCGUUUCGACUCCAAAAAUCAUGCGACCAGAAGAUAAAAAACCAGGAUACAGAAAAGUUUAAAAUUAUUGAUUUAAAAUCUGAUUCUCAAGAUUGUAAAGACUUGAAUCUUUCAGAUUUCGAUAUUGUAUCCGAUACUGAAGAAAAUCUUGGUAAAUCUGAGGAAAUUAUCGAACCGGAGAAUUACCAAAUGAAAAAUCGACACCGUAAUGAAACAAAUAAUCAAAAGGUAAAAUUGAGAAAUGGUGAUGAAUCAUCGGGUUCAUAUUUAAGUAAUCCUGAUGAAAUUUCAGAUUUUGUAUUAACGCCAACGCCAACAAAAACCGUUAGCGCUAUUUAUCAUGAUAAACUGUUAUGUAAAAAUGAGGAGGCAGGGUUUCCUAAUUUGAAUCCGAAGGAAUCUGACCAAGAUGUGAAUAAACAUGACAAUAUUGUCAAAAAAAUCUAUGGGCCCGCUUUACCACCCAGUGUAGAAUCGCUAAAGUGUAAUGCAUUGAAGAACAUUCCCCCAAAUUUGUCAAGUCAUUUGAAAAAUUCUGUUAUUCAUGAUGACAAUGAUAAAGCAGAUAAUACAUUUGGUCCUCAUUUGCCGCAACAUUUUCGAAAGAGUGAAAAAAUAACUGAUGACAAUGAUUUGCAAGAUGCUACGUCGGCCGAGACCACUGAGGAUGAUGAUGAUGGAUUUGUAGGCCCACUGCCUACCGACCAUCCAAGAUUGAAGGAUGAUUUCGUCCAACAACAACUACAAUACAGGGCGCAACUCCUAAAGAAACAAUUAGCUGAAAUCGAUGAUGAAGAAUUGCCGAAGAGAGAAGAAUGGAUGACGGAAUUACCUACAAUUAAGGGAGUCAAUUUCGGACUGGAAGCAAGAAAAUUUCGAAUGAGAGCAGGGCCAGAUUUAACAGAUAGAUCUGAUUGGACGGAUUCUCCUGCGGAUCGUGCGAAGAAAAAAUCUGCAACAAGCAAAAUGGCAGGAAAUACUGAAUAUUUCCAAGAAAUUCGACGACCGUUGGCAAAUAAGAAGAAAGAAAAAUCAUUGUUGGACAUACAUCGAAAGAAAAUACAUGCAGAAAGAAAGAAAAAAGAAAAAGACAGGAAGAAAUCUGGCAAACGUGAAGAUCGUCGGCCAUUUAAUCGAGACAUUGAUCUUCAAGUCAAUCGUCUUAGUGAGGCACAUAAAAGCAGUAUGCUCUUAAAAGCUGCUCAGUUGGAUGAUCGCUUCUUACAAGGAAAAAUUUGAAUGUAACAUUGAUUAUAGGUACCAAAUCGAAGAAAUAAUUUUUCCUGGACUCACUCAACAUAUUGAGCAAUAAUGACAUUCAUUACCUUCAUUGCUCCAAACGAUCGAUGAUCUUUUAAGUGUGCCUUCUUUGAUCGUCCAUACAUCCGUUCUAUAUUUAUAACGUGUAAUAAAAAUUAUUAAUGAAUCAUGCAACAUCAUAAUCGUGGCCUUGGAAGCAAUAGUGGAUUAUGCAUGGAUGAAGCUAAAAAUUAAUGUCGAAAUAAAUAAGUUUUACACUUACCUUUUCUAGCAUUCUGUCUAUUACAUCGUUAGCACACAAACAUUUUGGUUGAGACCGUUUCUUUCAAAUUUACUCUGUCCCAUAUUUAUGAGACUUUUGUCAGACGUGUUUCUUCAUAGAUUUUCAUUUUUACACCUUUUACUUAUUAUGAUCUCAAUUUCCAAUUCAUUUGUAUAAGUAACACUGUUAGAAUAAGUAUGUCUGACUAUCAAUGAUUAUUUAACCAUUAAAUUAUGGUUUAAAUGAAAUUGCAUUUAUAUUAGCUUGGCUAUUUCGUGAUUAUUUAUGGCAUAUUGUAUUCAUCUUAUGUCAUUAAUGUUGAUAAUGGCUGAAUGCUAGCAUUGAUUGAACAACAAUCUAAAAAAAACAUUCAACACAAAGAAGAUUCUGUACGAGCUUGUAGCGCUCUACGUUUCCUUCAUUUGUUCUAUAAUAGAUCAUAAUGUGACAAGAAUAUAUUAUGUACAUAUAACUCAUCAUGAAUUUCAGAAAAAUGAUUCAUCAGCUAUGAAACAAAACUUGUUUUCAAAGAGAAACGUAUUUGCCAUAAAAUUGUUCAUACAUAGAGUUUUUAUGGUUGUUUGUACCGGGAUUUGAGGUAUCAUUCUUUUAAAAAAAGAGAAGGCGAACAGACAAAAUUUCUUUCCCAAAUCGUGAGCCGUUUCUUCUGCUAAUCUAUAUUCGAGGUUUGCUGAAAAUUGAAUCCUAACGGGUAGAUCUUACGUUCUUUAUUCUCCUCAAUUAAUACCACCAUAUUAUUAAUAUUAUCAUUAUAGGUAAGCAUAAACUAAACAAUUUGAUAAUUAUCGUUAUCAAAUGAUUGGGCAGAAUCAAUUCAUUCAAGGGUUUGAAAAAAAUAUUUUUCAGGGAAAUUCUCUACUUAAUUAUGACGGGGAAAGUUAAAUGCAGCCGAUUUUGGAUCUAUUUGUCAUCUGAUAAAGAAUAAAGACUACGAAAUUUUGCUUCACAUUGAGUU